CCCUCCCAUGGGACUGGAGACUUUGAAGAUUGACGAUUUCCAGCUUCACGCUUCAACUACGAAACGCUACGGCCUCGGUGCACACAGAGGUCGUCUUAAUAUUCAGGCAGGCCUUUACGAAGAUGACCUCUAUGACGGGGCCUGGUGCGCCGGGAGAGAUGACCCACUGCAGUGGUUUGAGGUGGAUGCCAGGAGGCUGACAAAGUUCACAGGGGUCAUCACACAAGGCAGGAGCUCCCUCUGGUCGUGAGUAGGAACCCUGCAGACACACACACACAUGCACGCACACGGAGAGUUGCAGAU